AUAAGGUUGGUAUUGGAUCGAAGAGUGAGGUUAUAAGUUUGGCGGUUUUCAAGUGUGUGUGUUCGAAAAAUACGCAAAACAAUGCCUCCAGCUGCUAAAAGGCACUGUUCGGUUAUUUUAUUUGACCUUAAAGGUCAAAACCGUUUAGGGGCGCUCCAGACGCUACUGAAAAUUUCAAGUACGAAUUUUUUCUCGCGUUCCAAGGAUUUAACCAAAUUGAUUUUGUUGAAUUCGGACAAGACUGAAAAUCGUUUGAACGCCCGACACGGGGGGUACGAACACGUAAAUGAAGUUACGAAGGAUGUUUUGUCCUAUAAUCCCAAAAAACUGCAUGAUUUUGUCGAAAGCAGUGGCGUCGGUGAGGGCAAUUGGUUGGAAGGUCUGCACGUGGCUGCCGCAAACUUGGUCGAUGAGUUUGAAGGAAUCAAGGGAAUUAUCACUUAUCAGUUGCUUUUUAUCACAGACUUGGGUUCGCCCCUGUCUAAAGUUGAUAACGGUUUAAUUGACAAAAUAGCCCGGCUACUGGACCGGCUUGGGGCUUUUUUGUAUGUCGUGGGCCCCGAAAUCGAGCCCCCUUUCACUAUAAAAACGCCCGAAAACAUCAAAACCUGGAUGGAGAAUUUGCAAACAAACGACCCAAACAUCGCCACCAUUAAAACCCUCAUUUCGAAAAUUCAAAACGGCGUUGUUUGUGGUCCCAAAAUCGGGACGAAUUUAUUUUUUUCGUACCGCAACUCGGGCGGGAGUCAGCCCUGGAACGUCCCAUUGGGCAUUGGCACAAACAUCAACAUUCCGGCACAAACUAUGAAAAUACUAAACGAUAUCGUCCAGUGCAAGUUGGUUUCAGCACAAGGAGCGAUCAGGCCUUCAACUUGGAUUGACGCUGAGGAUGAGUCUAUUGAAUUCGACGCCAGUGAGGUAAUUAGCGGUGUUUCGCGACACGGGAAAUUCGUCCCAGUCAACAACAAAAUGUUUCAAGUCUCAAGUUCGCGCAGUUUCAGCGUUUUGUGUUUCACAGACGCGGCAAAUGUGCCUGAGCAUUUGAUGCGAGGCGGCGGUUGUUACAGCGUUUUGCCCAACGCUAGUUUGGAAAAAAAUGACGCUUUUAAUUGUUUGAUUGAUUGCCUGGCGCAACAAAAUAAAUACGUUAUUGCCCGACGUGUCUAUAAUAAUAAUUAUGUGCCGAAGAUUGUGGUUUUGGUGCCGAAACCGGAUUAUAAUCCGAAAUGUUUUGUUCUGACGGCGUUGCCGUUCGCUGAUGAUGUUAGGUUGAAUUGCAAAGAACAGAAAGUUGAUUUGGCGCCGAAAAUUGAAGAAAACAAGAGCGUUUACAAACUUUUAGAUGGUUUAGAUACGGAUAAUGAAAAUUCGGUUAAGAAGGCGCCACUCGACAUUAAAAUGGUGCAGAACGUGAACGUCCAAAGAAUUGUUAAUGCAGCCGUGGAUAAAUUGUUGGAUAAACAUAUAAAUUUGGAAGAAACCGAUUUAGAUCUGAUGGAGCUUCCUUCUGGGGAAUAUAUGGAAGAACUAAAGAAUAGUUGGCCCGAACGUAAAAUCGAAGAAGUUAAGAAGAACGAAGAACCUGCGGCUGACAUCUCUGAUGAUGAUUUUGAUUGGGAAUAAUGUGUGUUUUCACUUGACUAUUAAACUUACUCUUGCGUU